GAAUGGGUGAUGAAAGCAAGGAACAUACCAAAAAAGCUAAAGAAACCCACAAACGCUAAAUGCCAGUCUCUUUAUGCAAUCAGGCCAGACAUGAGAAGAUACUAUUGGCAAGUGACAUGUCCGUACAAAGUAUUUUGGCUGAGCAGGUUCACGUGGAAAAAUCCCUAUAACCCACAAUACACUGAAACGUGCUACGUUCUGCAUCCAUGCUUGCAACAAGUUCGGAUUGUGAAUUGCACAACAACAUUCUGCAUGACACGUUGUCGGAUACCAUACCCUAAUGUAAGGAACUCUAUCUGCUUAGAAAAUUAUUUCGUGGAAUACAAAAAGGUUUACGUGUUUUGUACUCACACGCACAAAAAGGUAAAGGGAAGAUGGGAAGAAGUGAACUGUAAGAAGUUUCCCCAUUUCUGUGCUAAGAGGGUUACGUUACGUGUACCACAGUCAUGUGAGUGUUGGCAAUGCUGGGAUAUGUACCGUACGGACCCAAGUAUGAUACCUUUCUAUGAAGCUGAGGCUAAGAAAAAUACCUAGAGUUAUCCCCCACUUUUCUGACUUUUCCAAUUAUGUGCAAUGACAGCUAACGAAGAAUUAUGAAUAAUAAAGAAAAGCAAAAUGAUA